GGCAGUGUCCUGGACGUCGAGUUUCUAUUUCUAUUUCACAACGAUAAUGAUUGCACACUACUUCUUAGGAUUAUACACAUACGAAGGUCAGUGACAGUACCCGAUUCGUGAUUGGCUAGAUCUAAGUGUGCUAUCUGCAACAAAAUGCACCUGGCCUGCACACAGUCAUCGACAUAUUCAGUCAUUGUCUUCGUGACCAUCAUGAUGGACAUUUCUGCGGAAUUGAGUGAAAAAGAACAGAAAAAGGUCCCAAUAAGAAUAGGCGCUCACAACGACACCAUCGACCAGUUCAUAGGUAGGCUGGUUGAGAAUGGUUAUAAUGGAAAGCUUCGACCUGGUCUUGAAACUGACACCCCGACGUUUGUUAAGGUCAGCGUUCAUAUCCUAGGAUUCAGCACCAUCGACCAAAUCAAUAUGGAUUAUUCCGUCAAUAUGUAUCUCCGCAGUAUAUGGAGAGACGGUCGUCUCGCGUACCACGAUUACAACGAAACUUUAACACUCAACUACUUGAUCGAUUCUAUAUGGACGCCGGAUAUUUAUUUCAUCAACGAAAAGGAGGGUUACUCCCAUACGAUUACCCAACCUAACAGGCUGAUGAGACUCGCUCCUGACGGGACUAUUUCCUACAGUCAAAAAAUAGACGUUAAAUUUGAAAACCUCCCCAAACAAGGAGAGGCACUCACCUCGGAUCUAUCGUUGGUCGCUCUGGCAAUCAUGUUGACAGCGCCAUCAACGACAGAACUGAAGCAAGAAUUUUGUUAA